UCAGACAUCAGUCAGCGCUGUUUACAUCAAACGUUGUGAGCUGGAAUUUCCCAGGUUACAGCACAGAGCAGAACACCACUUCCGCAAUAGUGUCUGGGCAGAGAGACGAGAGGCCACUGCGAGCUGAAAGUUCAGAGGGCCAUGUCUAGGAAGUGAACAACGGCGAUGGAAGGGAAAGGCCCAUACCGCAUCUAUGAUCCAGGUGGGGGAGAGAUCAAGGCAAAAGAGGAGGCUGGAGGAGGGGGAAGCAGCUACCGACAGCUCCUGGAGGAGAACAGCAUACUGAGGGAGCGGAUGAAGGGACUUAAGAGCUUAGGCGAUUUGCUUGAAGAGUCUCAAACGGAGGCGUCAAGGCUUCGGCAGAGAGUGGAAGAACUUGUAAGAGACAACGAGGCCCUCAAGUCCUCCAGCUUCGCCGCCAGUUUGUGUACGGGAGGGCACAUUCAGGCUGAGACACAAAGUAAACCCUGUUUACACCCCACUUUAGAGCAGAAGGAGGAGCAAUCUAGCUGCAUGGGGAAGACCCUUCAGCCUGAGAAGCCCAAUGACGCCUUAACAGAGUUUGAGGUUGUAAAUAUGGAGGGGAAGACUUCAGAAGCCUUGACCGCUGGGUCAGCGGCUGGAGUAAUCCCCCCCCUGCCUCAGGAGAACAACGAGCUGGCGAGCCAGCUGAAGAGGCUGGAGAGCUCCUUCAGCAUAUUCGCAGAGGAGUCCAACCCCAACCAGCUUCUGGCUCACCUCGGUCGCAUGGCUGUGGAGUUUCACCAUCUCUCCUCUAAAGUCCAAAAGAAUGAACAGAGGACCUCGCUGCUACAGACUCUGUGUGAGCAGCUCAGACAGGAGAACAAUGAGCUUCGAAAGAAAAUGGAAGAGGAUCACGAUGUCAGGAAUCGAGACCUGGAGCAGCUGAGACAGGAGAAUCACAAACUCAAGGAGCUUGUAACAGGAGCAGGAGCAGUGCCAUCAGCUGCGGCAGCGUCUGACACUGAAGCUCCAGAGGCCAAAGAGGAGCCUGUGAAGGAGGAAUCCGCCGUGAGACCGAAGAUGGAGACCAGCACGCCACAGAAGAGUGGAAAAUCUUCGGAGAAAACCCCAACCAAACCUUGUGAUGUUGAGGUGUAUGAAAAGAAGAUCAAGCUUUUGGAGAAGCAGAGAAAGGAUGUCCUGGAGGUGAACAAGCAGUGGGACAUUCAGUGGAACUCCAUGAAGUCACAGUUUGAACAAAAGAUCACAGACCUCAGACAAAGGCUGGCUGAGUCCCAGAAAACUGUGCUCGAGCUGGAGGCAGAGCGGGAGCAGAGGCAACGCGACUACGACAAGAAGCUGCUGCUGGCCAAGUCCAAAAUUGAAAAUGUACAGGGAGAGAAGGAGUGUCUGAACACGGAGACCACUGAGCUGAAGCAGAAGAUUCGCUACCUGCAGGACCAGCUGCUGCCUCUGAGCAAACAGAGGGAAUACCAGGAGAAGGAGAUCCAACGCCUCAACAGGGCUUUAGAGGACGCCUUAAACCUGCACACCCCGUCAACCUCCCAACAACCACCUGGCCAGGCUAACUUUGCUGAUGCAGCAAAUAACCUGAAGAAACAGGAGCUGCUCACUCAAAUCGCUGUACUAAAGGAACAGGUGAAGAUCUUUGAAGAAGACUUCAGAAAAGAGAGGAGUGACAGGGAGCGAAUGAACGAGGAAAAAGAGGACCUGAGGCGGCAAGUUGAGAGACUUCAGGGUCAGAUUACCAAUUUGACAAAUCAGCUUCAUCAGGCACAGAACGAGUGUCAGAGAGAGCGAACAGAGCGGUGUAAGCUGGAAAGACUACAGAUGCAGCAUCACAAACAGGGGCAGCAGCAGGAAAGACGUACCUCAGACCCCACGUCAGGCUCAGUGAACGGCCCGCUGAGCCCUCCCUACUGUGGUCCCUUUGUGCAGGUGGGACCGCAGGGCCUUGAGGGCUGGCCCGUACACUUCCCUCCCCGGAUGCCCAAUGCAGCAGGCGCCACAGCCGCAGCCGCCGCAGCACCGCCCCCUGUACGAGACUUCCAGCCUGUUACCCCGGGUUUUCCUUGGCAGUCAUCAUUCCCACAGCCUAGAGGGGCCAGAGCAGUAGGAGAGAGUUCAAGACCACCACCAGAGAAUGCAGAUCAGUCAGCAGCUGCGGCGGCAGCUGCAGCCGCAGCAGCAGCCGGGUUUGGAAAAAGGGAGCGACAGAACAUUGAUCCUGGAAAGCACUAAAGCAUCACUGUACCCACCUAAAGGAGUCUGGGUAGUAGCAUGAAAAUCAGUUUUUGAGUUGACAAGGUGUGAUUUGAUCUAUAAUUUUCCUACUGAACUGUAGAUAUCCUAUUGUAAUGUUGUUUAUACUUGCGUUUUAUAAGGCUAUUUGUGAAACACUUCGCUAUUCUGAUUAUAUAUACAUGACAUAAUUUUGUUUUUUGUUUUAUUUUCUAUCAGGAACUGAAGUCAUUUAGUAAAUAGGUUGGGAAACUUCACAUUGUUCUUUUUUUCAGAAAAAUAAACCUUUUGUGAUUGUCUCUCUGCAAAUAUGUAACAACUUGACACUUACUUUGUUACUUGUAGAGUUACAGGAAGCCAUUCCCCAAUAUGACUAAGGAAACAUAUACUCAUUCCAACAAAGAAUGACUAUAUUGGUACAUUGAAUCAUAGGACUUACAAUGUGAAUGUUAAUUGAUUUAUGAAGAUUCCUGCAGUACCAUCGAUGUUAUAGGACUGUCCCAUUGCGUGUAACUGUUCAAAAGUGGUUGUUGAAAUACAAAAAUUUUGGGAAAUGAAUUUUGAUGGUAUCAUACCAAAAACAUGAUUGUGAUUAUUGAUAAUUUAUUUAUAACUAUUGACUACGUGUAAAUCAUUGUCUUUAGUAAUGCUGUUCUUUCUAUGUUGUUAGUGUAAUCCCAAUAUAUUGUAGCUAUUGACAUUGUAUGUUUGUAUCAGACACAAUACACAAUGCACACAACAUACACACCUUUAUUUCUCCAUGAUGAUGGACCUAAUCUCAUUAAACACAACACUUCUUCUCGACCACAA